AUACAGGAAGUGGCUAACUGAAGCGGAGCCCGUGCAGACGAGAGACGUUUCCAUUAUGCUGCAGUUUAUACUGGGGUUCGCUUUCGGCAACGUGGUGGGUAUGUACCUAGCGCAGAACUACGAGGUCCCAGAUAUAGGGAAGAAAUUUGAAUCCAUUAAGAAGGAUCUGGAAGACAAGAAGAAGCCACCAAAUGAUAAAUCUUAACUUUCAAAAACCCGUCGAUUCAGCAGAUCUUCUCAUGCUACGUAUCCAAAGGCUUUACUGGGUAGACCGAUCUGGACUCUUCCGGACGGGAUCCUGAUUGUUACGUUUACGCUCCAUGGGGGCUAUCGUGGCCUUCUGUUACCAAUUUAGUGUUCUGGUGGUGUUGUUCUCCCCGGGUUUGUGACCAUGCGUUGGAAGAGUAUGCUAUGUCCGACAAUCGCUUUCUAUAGGCUUUGUAGAUUUGGAUAGAAGUUAAUAAAAUAACAUAUUUACGGUAA